UAUUUUUUAGGAUUCUCCCUUGAGGGGUAAGACGGGUAUUUCGCGCGCGAGCCCUAUUUCCUUCUCUGAAUGCGAUGUGAUUCUCUCCUUCUCCGUUGUGCUGCCAUUCAGCCCCGCACAGCCUCACUCCACCGUUAACCCGCCGCCCACGAUCAGAAAACUAUAUAAUAAACAGUGUUGAUGAUUUGUGAAUAUGAAUAAGCUAUUGGAAUAUGGGAGGACUGCCAUGUUUUAUAUCAGGGUACUUUCUGGAUAUGAAGAGCGAAGAAUACGGAAUUAUAGGAUGCAGCUUGAACAGCGUGUCCGAGAGGCACAAGCAAGGAAAGCAGCCAUAAAUAAAGUACCCGAGCAGAUUAUUUUAACUGAAGUUCGUCGUAUGGUUGAAGAGAUGCAAGCUUUGAACAAGAAGCUGGAAGAAACAGUAAGUGAGGUAGCCAUUGAAGAGUACUUCAAGCCUCUUGACAAGGAGGCAGAGAUUUUGAUGACAAUGCAACUACAAGGGGAAGAGAAAACUUCGGAGAUGAUGAUGAAAGCACUACAGGAACAAGCUAUGCGUCAACAAGUUGAAACAGAAAAAAGUGCAAGUAUGCAUCAAACAGACAACAUUGAAACCAACCAGAAGGAAUCUGAGUCUGUGGUGAAAACGUGUAUAGGAGAAGAAGAAAAAACUUUGAAGGACAGUGCGCAUUAAGAAGACGAGGAGGAAAAAUUUCGAAGAACAUUUAUUUGAAUUAUUUAAAAUUGCAUCUUGAUGUGCGAUCAUGUUAGCAAUAAGCUUUUUUAUGAGGAAUGGAAUGGUUAAAUAAUAUAAUUCCUGUAUGUCCGAAUACAUGUAAAAACAUGUAAAUUUUGUCAUAGUACGUAUUUGAGUACCAGAAUGAGCUUUGGUGAA